AUGGGUCCAAAAGACGAGCCUGGUACUUACCGGUAUAAAGAAUCCCCAGUUUAUACUGCCUCCAACGGCUGUCCGGUACGAACAUUCCUGACAAAGGUUUUCGAUCCCGAAUCUUCCCAGAGAAUCGGUAGCAAUGGCCCUCUUCUCCUUCAGGACUUUCACUUGAUCGACUUGCUCGCCCACUUUGACCGAGAACGCAUACCAGAGCGAGUUGUUCACGCCAAAGGUGCGGGGGCGUACGGUGAAUUCGAAGUAACAGAUGACAUCAGUGAUAUCACCACAAUUGAUAUGCUCAAAGGAGUUGGUAAGAAAACCAAACUCGUCACCCGCUUUUCCACCGUCGGGGGAGAGAAAGGUUCCGCCGACAGCGCUCGUGAUCCGCGUGGAUUUUCAGUCAAAUUUUACACCGAAGAAGGCAACUGGGACUGGGUAUUCAAUAACACGCCAAUCUUCUUCCUCCGUGAUCCUUCCAAAUUUCCCCUUUUCAUCCACACCCAAAAAAGAAACCCCCAAACAAACCUGAAAGACGCCGAUAUGUUCUGGGAUUAUCUUUCUACUCACCAGGAAUCGGCACAUCAAGUCAUGCACCUCUUCAGUGACCGCGGGACUCCGUACUCGUAUCGGCAUAUGAACGGCUACUCUGGCCACACCUUCAAGUGGAUCAAGCCCGAUGGCAGCUUCAACUACGUCCAGCUCCAUCUCAAGACCGACCAAGGAAAUAAGACGUUCACCGACGAGGAGGCCACCGCACUUUCCAGCUCCAACCCAGACUGGCACACCCAGGACCUAUACGAGGCAAUCGAGCGCAGGGAAUACCCUUCAUGGACCUGCUACGUACAAGUCCUCAGCCACGAACAAGCAGAAAAAUUCCGAUGGAACGUGUUUGACCUGACCAAAGUCUGGCCACAAAGCGAAGUACCUCUUCGCCGCUUCGGCAAGUUGACUCUGACCCAAAACCCGCAAAACUACUUCGCCGAGAUCGAACAGGCUGCUUUCGCCCCUUCGCACUUGGUACCCGGCGUUGAGCCCUCCGCCGAUCCCGUCCUGCAAUCUCGACUAUUCUCAUAUCCAGACACUCAUCGCCAUCGGCUGGGCGUCAACUACCAACAAAUCCCCGUCAACUGCCCGCUUCGCGCAUUCAAUCCGUACCAACGCGAUGGCGCGAUGGCGGUGAAUGGGAAUUACGGCGCCAACCCCAACUACCCGUCGUCCUUUCGCUCCCUGAAAUUCCAGCAGCCUGUCAAAGCUAGUCAAGAGCAUGAGAAGUGGGCCGGUGCUGUCGUCUCUCAACAGAUUCCCGUCACGGACGAGGAUUUUGUGCAACCGAAUGGUCUAUGGCAGGUUCUUGGCCGUACCCCCGGGCAGCAGGAGAAUUUGGUGAAGAAUAUUGCUGGUCAUUUGUGCAAUGCCAAAGAGAAGGUUCGCAAGCAGGCAUAUACCAUGUUCUACCGGAUUAAUCGUGAUCUUGGGGAGAGAAUUGAAAAGAGCACGGAGGCGAAUGCGUCUCGACAGGCUCGUCUGUAG